AUGUCUGCAAUUGUGUCUUCCCGUGACCCCAAUGCCGAAUACCUGCUCAUCGGCGCAUACAUUCGCUACUCUAGCUGGACCGCCCGAAUUGUGGCCAUUCUCGAGCACUUCAAGAUCCCGUACCGCUUCUCGCAACAUAACAAGGCCGACCCCAAUGGCCUCCAAACCAUCCACUCCCAACCCGCUCGCCUGGUCCCCACACUCACUGUUCCCUCGCUCGGUCCCAACCCGAUCCAUGAUUCCCUCGCAAUAACCGAGUUCCUCGCCGAAUCUCAUCCCGACCUCCCACUCUGGCCUGCCUCCCGCCGCCUCCGCGCCCUCGCCCGCAGUCUCGUGGCAGAGUUCCACUCCGGCUUCGGAAACCUGCGCAACAACUACCACACAAACUAUGAGGUUGCGCGCUUCCUUGAGUGCGUGGAUCUGGCACGGAGGGAGACGCUGGAAGUGGGGGUUGAGGGGCCGUAUUUGUUUGGAAGCUUUGGGGCCGCGGAUGCGUUUUAUUGGCCAGUGCUUUGGAGGUUACGUACGUACGGCUUUGAUCUGAGCGCUGCGUCGCCGUUGGCGAGGGAGUGGAUUGUGGCCAUGUGGAAGGAUCCGGUGUUGGUGGAGUUGGGGAGACAGAUGUUUAUUGAUGCAGAGAAUCCGGAGACGAGGGUGCCGGAGUAUGAGGGCAUUUUUCCGGGGGGGGCGGAGAUGAUUCAUCAGAACGAACCACGGCACCUCAACAUUCUGAGGAGCACUGACUACCGGAUACCCCAGGAUCGUGAUUUGGCGCAAUAUUUCUUUGGACAUGGAUUAACAUGGCACAGCACCUAA